AUGGCUAAAAUUUUGAUCCAUGGAACACUUCAUGUCACCAUUUUUGAGGUGGAUAAGCUGCACUUGGGAGGUGGCCCAAACUUCAUUUGCAAGCUUGUGGGAAAGAUAGAGAAUUGUAUUGGAUUCGGCGACGGUUCUAGCAGAGUAUAUGCAACAAUUGAUAUAGGAAAAGCUACAGUUGGCCAGACGCGAAUGCUGGAAUGCGAGCAUGUCAAUCCUCGAUGGUUCGAAUCUUUUCACAUUUAUUGUGCUCAUAUGGCUUCCAAUAUAGUUUUUACUGUUAAAGAUGAUAAUCCCAUUGGAGCAACAGUAAUAGGAAGGGCUUAUGUACCUGUUGAGGAAAUCAUUGGUGGGGAAGAAAUAGAUAGAUGGGUGGAGAUCUUCUAUGAAUAUAAUAAACCUAUUUAUGGAAAUUCAAAGAUCCAUGUAAAGCUACAAUAUUUUCCUGUUACUAAGGAACUCAAUUGGUCUAGAGGGAUUAAAAAUCAGAAAUUCCCUGGUGUCCCUUACACAUUCUUCUCACAAAGGCAAGGAUGCAGAGUUACUCUUUAUCAAGAUGCACAUAUCCCAAACAACUUCAUCCCCAAAAUUACUCUUUCAGGUGGCAAGUACUAUGAACCCAAUAGAUGCUGGGAAGAUAUUUUUGAUGCUAUAUCUAAUGCAAAACAUUUGAUUUAUAUAGCUGGGUGGUCUGUAUAUACUAAGAUUUCCUUAGUAAGGGACAUGAGCAGGCCAAAGUCUGGAGGACACAGUACUCUUGGGGAGCUUUUGAAGAGUAACAUGAGCAGGCCAAAGUAUGGAGGAGACAUUACUCUUGGGGAGCUUCUCAAGAGGAAGGCUAGUGAAGGUGUCAGGGUUCUUUUGCUUGUUUGGGAUGACAGAACCUCAAUUGAUUUGAUAAAGAAUGAUGGUUUAAUGGAUACCCAUGAUACAGAAACUGAAGAUUAUUUUCGAGGCAGUGAUGUUCACUGUGUUUUGUGCGGUCGUGAUCCUGAUGUUGGGGAUAGCUUGGUUCAGGGAUUUGAGAUUUCUACAAUGUUUACUCAUCACCAAAAGAUUGUGGUUGUUGACUGUGAGAUGCCUAAGAGAAGAUCAUCGGAGCGGAGGAGAAGGAUUGUAAGCUUUGUUGGUGGAAUUGAUCUUUGUAAUGGGAGAUAUGAUACACCCUUCCAUUCCCUUUUCAGGACCUUGAACACAGCUCACCAUGAUGAUUUUCAUCAGCCUAGUUUCAAAGGUUCUUCAAUCCAUAAAGGUGGUCCAAGAGAGCCCUGGCAUGAUAUCCAUUGCCGUCUAGAAGGACCCAUAGCUUGGGAUGUUCUAUACAAUUUUGAGCAGAGAUGGUGGAAGCAAGGUGGGAAAAACAUUCUUCUUCAGCUCCAGGAUCUUGAAGACAUUAUUAUAACCCCAUCUCCAGUUAUGUUCACAGAGGAUCAUGAAACAUGGAAUGUUCAGUUAUUUAGAUCCAUUGAUGGAGGAGCUGCUUUUGGUUUUCCUGCAACACCAAAGGAUGCAGCCAGAGCAGGACUGGUAAGUGGAAAGAACAACAUAAUCGAUCGAAGUAUUCAGGAUGCCUACAUAAACGCCAUUCGAAGAGCAAAGAAUUUCAUCUACAUUGAAAAUCAAUAUUUCUUAGGAAGCUCAUUCUCUUGGAAACCAGAGCAUGACAUCAAGGUUGAAGAUAUCGGUGCCUCGCAUCUCAUUCCAAAAGAGAUCUCAUUAAAGAUUGUGAGUAAGAUUGAAGCAGGGGAGAGGUUUGUGGCCUAUAUUGUGGUCCCUAUGUGGCCAGAAGGUAUUCCAGAGAGUGAUCUUGUCCAGCCAAUUUUAGAUUGGCAGAGGAGGACAAUGGAAAUGAUGUACACUGAUAUCACUCAGGCCCUCCAUGCUAAGGGACUAUUUGAGGCAGACCCAAGGGAGUACUUGACAUUCUUUUGCCUUGGCAAUAGAGAGAUGAAGAGGUAUAAUGGUGAAUAUGAACCUCCUCAGAAACCAGAGAAAGGUAGUUUUUAUAGUAAAGCACAAGAAGCGCGCCGCUUCAUGAUUUAUGUUCAUGCAAAGAUGAUGAUAGUGGAUGAUGAAUACAUUAUAAUUGGAUCUGCAAAUCUCAAUCAGAGGUCAAUGGAUGGUGGUAGGGACUCUGAGAUCGCGAUGGGAGCAUAUCAACCACAUCACCUAACAACCAAGCAACCUGCAAGAGGUCAGAUCCAUGGCUUUCGGAUGUCAUUGUGGUAUGAGCAUCUUGGAAUGCUUGACAAUGACUUACUCCAUCCUGAGAGUUCAGAAUGUGUUCAGAAGGUUAACCAAAUCGCUGAUAAGUACUGGGAUCUUUACUCUAAAGAGUCUUCUCUAGACCAUGACCUGCCAGGCCACUUGCUUAGGUACCCAAUUCAAGUCACUAGCAAUGGAGAAGUCACCACACUUCCAGGGUUUGAUCAUUUUCCAGAUACUGAAGCUCGCAUUCUUGGUACGAAAUCUGGAUUAAUUCCCUCAAUUCUCACUACAUAAUAGGAUUGUUCAGAUACAGUAGUAACCAUUUGUCCCUGUACAUGAAUUGUAAUAUAUAUGCCUUCCAAUUUGCAGAAAGUACUGAAACAAUUAGUAGUCUUCAUUACAUAAUUUGAUUCAUUGAUUUUGUAUACAUGUUGUAUCAUGUAGUUGUUGCAAUCACUGAGAAAUGAGA